CGCGUGAUCGCCUCCUAAAACUCCGCGCACGGUUGAUGCUUAAUUAUUUUAUUGUUAGCUGAUUUAAAGAGCUGUAUCAUGGAUGGUAGCUCAUUUUAUAUCUGAAAAUUCCGAGAAUGCCAACUCCCUUGGGGAUCACUAAUCCCAGCGAGCGAGCAUGGCGAUCUCUGACGGAAAGACCGGCUCACUGCGGUUCACCAUAACCCCCAUAAACAUAUGAAAUUUGUUCUCCUCUCUGAUAUUUUAUGGUCGAGUGACGCGAUUGUUUACGUUUAUUGAUAAUUAUUAGCUCAACGUCAUCCACAAACAGAAGUAAAUCAUUCUUCUAAGAUUAAAUCGUAUUUUACAAUGAACAAGGUGGAAGAACUUAUGGACGAGUUUUAUAUUGUUCUGAGACAUAUAAGAUAUCCAAAAAUUACAGGAGCCUCUUCUAAAAAUAUACAAUCGACCAUCCUCAGUGGUGAAAAUCGAAUUUCGUUAUUAUCUUGGCUUCUGAUAGAGAAGUCAACUCCUGCAGUGGCUACUAAAUUGCAAAACUUGAGAGGGCCCACUUUAGAAGCAGAGUUAUUAAAGUGCUACUCUGAAAUGGGCAUCUGUAAUGACAAGCAGUUAUUGUUGGGAAACUGUUCAGUAGAGAAUCAAUUGUCAUUUUUAAGCCUACUAUUGAAUUUUAUUGAAUCUAUAUUCAUAGAAUCAGCUGAACUUAAUGAUGAGAAAGAGAUUGAAGACGUUACGAGUGCAUGUAAAGAAGUUUCAUUAUCAGAUCUUAAUAGCGUUACCUGCACAAUUAAGCCAAAGUUAAGUUAUCUUGAAUCUGUGCAAUACUUCAAUGAUUCACAAAAGUACCUGGAUGAACAUAAGGAGUUACCUCAAAAUUGUGAAUCUGAAACAAAAGAAUCUAUAGAUAUUGCAGAGGGUGUUAAAACUAAGGAUGAAGAGACUGACUGGAAUUUGACGUUCAAUAAGGAGAGACAAUAUUUCAUACAAGACUUUGGAUCAGAUGGAUUGUGGCAAAUGCUGACAAAUGAAAAACGUGCCAGUUUGCCAUCAUUCGAUGACCCUAUUGAACGUGUGUCUAAUAUCCUUUCCUCUGUGGAUAAGUUCUUCGAUGGGAAGGAAAUAAUAUCAACUGCCGAUAUACCAGAACGUCUAAAAAAAUUAGAUACUGACUUGAGUGAGAUGGUUGGAGAAACUAGUACAUAUACCGAAAAAAUUAGGACCUUCUAUACGGACACACCAUAUUAAUUAUCAUUCUUAUCU